CCCUCAUCACCCUUCAAUUCUGCCAAUUUUUUUCUCCCUAUCGCGCGGCGAAGAGGAGGCAGGAAAGUGAAAUAGAUUCGUUCUCCACCUUUCAACAAGAGUUGUUUAGGGUUUUAGACAACCAAUAUGGCGUCUAUAGAUCCGGAGAUAGCGAGGACACAGGAAGAGAGGAAGAAGAUGGAGCAACAGCUCUCGUCCCUCACAUCCGUUAAUUAUGAUCCUGAGCUCUACGGCGGGACCAAUAAAUUUGAAGACUACGUGAGUUCCAUCCCUGUGAACGAUGAGGAAGAGAAUGUGGACGCCAUGGAUCCUGGAUUGGGGAGGAGGCUGCCGUCUUAUACUGCUCCGGCGUCUUUGCUGAAGGAGAUGCCCAGAGGCGGUGUGGAGGAAGACGACAUGGGCUUUAAGAAGCCGCAGAGAAUUAUCGAUCGCGAGGAUGAUUAUAGGAGGAGGAGGUUGAAUCGGGUUAUAUCGCCGGACCGGCAUGAUGCCUUUGCGUCUGGGGAUAAAACUCCCGAUGUGUCGGUGAGGACGUAUGCGGAUGUGAUGAGGGAGGAGGCGUUGAAGAGGGAGAAGGAGGAGACUUUGAAGGCGAUUGCCAAGAAGAAGAAGGAGGAAGAGGAGGCGAAGGAGCAGGAGAAGGAAACUGGUGGUGGUGCUGUGCAGCAGCCGACGCAGAAGAGGAGGAACAGGUGGGACCAGUCGCAGGAUGAUGGAAGUGCCAAGAAGGCAAAGACAGGUUCGGAUUGGGAUUUGCCGGAUUCAACUCCUGGGAUUGGGAGGUGGGAUGCGACUCCGACUCCGGGGAGGGUGGCUGAUGCUACUCCCUCGAUUUCUAGGAGGAAUAGGUGGGAUGAGACUCCAACACCUGGUCGGUUGGCUGAUGCAGAUGCGACCCCAGCUGCUGGUGGGGCGACCCCGGGUGCAACCCCCGCUGGGAUGACUUGGGAUGCCACUCCUAAGCUGGCAGGCCUUGCAACUCCCACUCCGAAGAGGCAGAGAUCAAGGUGGGAUGAGACUCCAGCAACUAUGGGAAGUGCCACACCAAUGGCUGGUGCUACACCUGCUGCUGCAUACACGCCUGGUGUGACUCCUGUUGGUGGGGUUGAACUUGCCACGCCAACACCAUCAGCAAUUAAUUUACGUGGUGCAAUUACUCCGGAACAGUAUAACUUGCUGAGGUGGGAGAAAGACAUUGAAGAGAGGAAUAGACCAUUGACUGAUGAAGAGCUUGAUGCGAUGUUUCCACAAGAGGGUUACAAGAUUUUGGAUCCACCACCAUCCUAUGUUCCUAUUAGAACACCUGCAAGAAAGCUUCUUGCAACCCCAACUCCUUUGGGGACCCCAUUGUAUUCAAUUCCAGAAGAGAAUCGUGGGCAGCAAUUUGAUGUUCCAAAGGAAGCACCUGGUGGGUUGCCCUUCAUGAAGCCAGAGGAUUAUCAGUAUUUUGGGGCAUUAUUGAAUGAUGAAGAUGAGGAAGAGUUGUCUCCUGAAGAACAGAAAGAGCGAAAGAUCAUGAAGCUUUUACUUAAGGUGAAGAAUGGGACACCUCCACAGAGGAAGACAGCUUUGAGACAGCUCACUGAUAAAGCUAGAGAGUUUGGUGCAGGACCUUUGUUCAACAGAAUUUUGCCAUUGCUCAUGCAACCCACAUUGGAAGAUCAAGAGAGACACCUUCUGGUUAAGGUCAUUGAUAGGGUGCUUUAUAAGUUGGAUGAAUUGGUUCGACCUUUCGUGCACAAGAUACUUGUGGUGAUUGAACCUCUUUUGAUUGAUGAAGAUUACUAUGCACGUGUGGAGGGUAGAGAAAUUAUAUCCAAUCUCAGCAAAGCGGCUGGAUUGGCCACUAUGAUUGCUGCAAUGCGUCCAGAUAUUGAUAACAUCGAUGAAUAUGUGAGGAACACAACUGCCAGAGCUUUUAGUGUAGUUGCUUCUGCAUUAGGGAUUCCUGCUCUCUUGCCAUUCCUGAAAGCUGUGUGUCAGAGUAAGAAAUCAUGGCAAGCUCGGCACACUGGAAUCAAAAUCGUGCAGCAGAUUGCUAUUUUAAUUGGUUGUGCUGUUCUUCCACACCUGAGGUCUCUUGUCGAAAUCAUUGAGCAUGGGCUCAAUGAUGAGAAUCAAAAGGUGAGAACUAUUACUGCUCUGUCAUUGGCUGCUCUAGCUGAGGCUGCUGCCCCAUAUGGUAUUGAGAGCUUUGAUUCAGUCUUGAAGCCAUUGUGGAAGGGUAUCAGGUCACACCGAGGGAAGGUGUUGGCUGCAUUCUUGAAAGCAAUUGGUUUUAUCAUUCCCCUCAUGGAUGCAAUAUAUGCCAGUUACUAUACCAAGGAAGUGGUGUUUAUCUUGAUUCGUGAAUUCCAGUCACCUGAUGAAGAAAUGAAGAAAAUUGUGCUGAAAGUGGUGAAGCAGUGUGUGAGUACAGAAGGGGUAGAGGCUGACUAUAUCCGAAAUGAUAUUCUUCCUGAGUUCUUCAGAAAUUUCUGGGUGAGAAGGAUGGCAUUGGAUAGGAGAAAUUAUAGGCAGCUUGUGGACACAACUGUAGAAAUUGCAAACAAGGUUGGGGUUGCUGACAUAGUAGGAAGAAUAGUUGAGGAUCUUAAAGAUGAGAGUGAACCAUAUAGGAGAAUGGUUAUGGAAACUAUUGAGAAGGUGGUUGCUAACUUGGGUGCAUCGGACAUUGAUGCUCGCUUAGAAGAGCUUCUGAUUGAUGGAAUUCUAUAUGCCUUCCAAGAGCAGACCAGCGAUGAUGCCAAUGUGAUGCUUAAUGGGUUUGGUGCAGUUGUCAAUGCCCUUGGGCAAAGAGUGAAACCCUAUCUUCCUCAGAUUUGUGGGACCAUAAAAUGGCGACUCAAUAACAAGAGUGCAAAAGUGAGACAGCAAGCGGCAGAUCUUAUUUCAAGGAUUGCUGUUGUCAUGAAGCAGUGCCACGAGGAACAAUUAAUGGGUCAUCUUGGGGUUGUAUUGUAUGAGUACUUGGGAGAAGAGUACCCAGAAGUUCUGGGAUCAAUACUGGGAGCUCUCAAGGCAAUUGUCAAUGUCAUUGGUAUGACAAAAAUGACUCCUCCAAUAAAGGAUUUGCUUCCUCGAUUAACCCCCAUAUUGAAGAACAGGCAUGAGAAAGUCCAGGAGAACUGUAUUGACCUUGUUGGUCGAAUUGCUGAUCGUGGGGCUGAGUUUGUCCCUGCAAGGGAGUGGAUGAGGAUUUGUUUUGAACUUCUUGAGAUGCUUAAAGCCCACAAGAAGGGUAUUCGGCGAGCUACUGUGAAUACUUUUGGGUACAUUGCCAAGGCCAUUGGGCCACAGGAUGUCUUGGCAACCUUGUUGAACAAUCUGAAGGUCCAGGAGCGUCAAAAUCGUGUUUGCACAACUGUUGCUAUUGCAAUAGUUGCAGAAACCUGUUCUCCUUUUACAGUUCUGCCUGCCCUGAUGAAUGAGUAUCGUGUUCCAGAGCUUAAUGUGCAGAAUGGUGUUUUGAAAUCCCUCUCUUUUCUAUUCGAGUACAUUGGUGAAAUGGGAAAAGACUAUAUCUAUGCGGUGACUCCAUUACUUGAGGAUGCCCUUAUGGACAGAGAUCUGGUUCACAGGCAGACUGCAGCUUCUGCUGUCAAGCAUAUGGCCUUGGGGGUUGCUGGGUUAGGUUGCGAGGAUGCUUUAGUCCACUUGAUGAAUUAUGUAUGGCCAAACAUUUUUGAGACUUCGCCCCAUGUCAUAAAUGCUGUUAUGGAAGCCAUUGAAGGGAUGAGGGUAGCCUUGGGUGCUGCUGUUGUACUAAACUACUGUCUACAGGGGCUGUUCCAUCCUGCGAGGAAAGUUAGGGAAGUGUACUGGAAGAUUUAUAAUUCCUUGUAUAUUGGAGCUCAAGAUGCACUUGUGGCAGCCUAUCCUUUGCUGGAUGAUGAACAGAACAACAUAUAUAGUAGGCCUGAACUGGUGAUGUUCAUAUAAGGUGCUGUUUGUGGUUGAAGAAGCAGUUGGAGGCAGAUCCAAAAAAGACAUGCUUGACGUCUUUACUUUUUCCUGCUAUAGUUUGUUUGUCUAUUGAAGUGGAUCCUCUUAAUCUUCCUAGAUAUUUUUGUUUAGUCUGUUUAGUAUGGUAGCAUAUUCUUCUGCUUUGAAAAGACUAAUGUUUACUGAAAUUUCUAGCCUAUUAUAUCCACGUCCCAUUCAAGUUUAAUUA